ACAAAGUGACAGCAGCGCCAGCGGGCGCUUUGAACGGUGGUGGUUCGUACACGUUUAAUCAGCGGGCGAGUCGAGCAAGACACGUGAAUUGUUUGGGGAUGGGAAAUGUGGACAUUUUCAGGGUUAAUUCUCUUCACCACGUGAAGAAAACAAACUUGUGCACAUAUUUACAACAAGCACACCAUUCUACUACUUCUAGAAGUUAUAGCCUUCCUCCAUGCUAGCACUCGAUACUUACGAAUACGAACGAGAAAUCACAGAGCACGGACGUCUCGUUCGCUCUCCUGCUGCCUGCCUGCUGACCAGAAAGCUCGAGUCCAUGGCGGACCAGCGCGUUGAUAAACCGGCUGUCAUCGCCGCACCACCAACACCGACAACAACAUUAGUCGGGAGUAAACUUGGUGUUAGCGAUAGCAGUCCGCCCCAGCAGUUAACAAGAAAGCCAGUUCUAACCACAAAGGAGGUCAGUGAUCUACUGCUUCGUCUGUUCAACAUCCAGGCCGACACCUUAAAGGAAUAUGAGAGCUAUGAUGACCGAACCUACUACGUGAAAACAGAGCAGAGCUUCCAGACCUCAGAGUUCAUUCUGAAGGUACUGAAUUCUGAGAACACUGCCAGUGAGGGUACUGUCGAUGCUCAGAUGAGGGUUCUACGUCAUCUGGAAUCCUACCCGGACCUUUGUUGCCAGGUUCCUCUGCCCAACCUGGCUGGAGACUUUCUGAGCUGUGAGAUGAUAAGGAAUGAAGUGAGGAAUGGACUUGAACUCACUGGAUGUGAAAGAGAGUUGUCUGCUGUCCGUCUCUUUAAGUUCAUACCAGGAAAGGUGUUAGCGAAUAUGUCUUCUUUGCCAGCAAGGUUCUUCUGUGAUGUAGGAAAACACUUAGGACAACUUCAAAAGACUCUCCAGGAGUACCCUGGUGGUGUAGAACCGCUGAAGCUUAAAAGCAAACACUGCAAGUGGAGUCUGGAAAAUGUUCCCUUGAUAAGAGAACAUCUCCCAUUGGUCAAAGACAACGCCAAGAGGGAACUGUUAGAGAAUGUGAUUGGACGGUUUGAAAAAGAUGUCGUGCCGGUGAUUGGUCAUCUUAGGCAGGGAAUCAUUUAUGGCGACUUCAAUGAAAACAAUGUCAUAGUAAGCGAUGACUUAACCAGAAGGUCAAAUGUCACUCCUGCAGCAGAUGAAAAUCACCAAAUUUGUGCGGUCGAGAAAAAAGAAGGCAAAAGUGGUGUAUCAAAGUUGAAGAUCAGUGGCUUAAUCGACUUUGACGACAUGGGGUACACUUGCCUGUUAUUCGAAGUAGCGCUAGCUAUCGCCUACAUGAUGAUAGUCAGCGACAAACCAAUUGAGGAUUCGGGUAACGUGCUGGUAGGUUUCGAGACGGUGUCCCCACUCACCUGCGAGGAGCGCGGACUACUGAAGGUGUCGGUUGCGGGAAGGUUUGCUCAGUCGCUGCUCAUGGGGGUGAAGCAGUCCAAGAUGUUCCCGGACAACGCCUACGUGGGGACUUUUCUGAUCAAAGGAUGGAAUCUUUUGGAGCUCUGGUGGGGCCAGACUGAAGAGGAACUACAGGAGUUGUGGGAUAGGUGCAGGAACUCUGGGCUAGACUUCUCAUAGACAGUUCCCCCCAUACUUGCCAAAAUUACCAGGGUAUUAAAAUGCAACACUCUUAUUUUGUUCCCACUUUGCAUACAUUAAGUCUUGAAUUUUUGCGUCUCAAAUCUUUCCAAAUAUUAUUUGAAAAAGGGUACUUUUUUUUGCUGCAAAAACCUUUUACCUUUAAAAACAUAUAUUACAGGGAAAGGUUCAUUUUUCAGAAAAGGGUUCAGUUUUUUUUCCCUUUAAAAGUUUGUUUUAAUUUAAUUUCAUAGUAGGCCUAAGUUAAUGAAAUGUUUUUAGCUAGGGACACAAGUUUGACCAUAAAACCUGGUCAAGGGGUUGAGUCUUUUGUAGCGCUGGUGGGGCCAGACGAAAGAGGAGUUACAGGAGUUAUGGGAUAGGUGUGGGAAUUCAAGGAUAUGCUGCAUUCGUAUUUUUGAUUUUUAUUUUUUUUGAAUUUUUGUUCCCCAAACCUUUUCCAAAAAUUAUUUGAAAUUUAA